CGCCGUGGCUGCGCUCUGCCUUCCGUCAUGCUGCUGCGGCUUCUGCUCCCGCUGGUCGGCUCGGCAGUGCUUCUGCGGGCGGCGAUUAUACCGCAGAGGAGUUUUGGGAUUGAUUAUGAACGUGACUGCUUUGUCAAGGAUGGGAUGCCUUUCCGGUACAUCUCAGGUAGCAUUCACUACUCACGGGUGCCUCGCUACUACUGGAGAGACCGCUUGUUGAAGAUGAAGAUGGCAGGGCUUGAUGCCAUUCAAACGUAUGUGCCGUGGAACUUCCAUGAACUCCAGCAGGGCGUGUUUGAUUUUUCUGGUGACAAAGAUCUAGAGUAUUUCCUGCAGCUUGCUAAUGACACUGGUUUGCUGGUUAUCCUGAGAGCUGGACCUUACAUCUGUGCAGAAUGGGACAUGGGAGGUCUUCCUGCGUGGCUGUUGCAGAAGAAAUCUAUUGUUCUUAGGUCUUCUGAUUCAGAUUACAUGGCAGCAGUAGAGAAUUGGAUGGGUGUCCUUCUGCCAAAGAUGAGGCCUCAUCUCUACCAAAAUGGAGGUCCAAUCAUCAUGGUGCAGGUAGAGAAUGAAUAUGGAAGCUACUUUGCCUGUGACUAUGACUAUCUGCGUUCCCUUCUGAGGCUCUUUCGCUGGCAUCUUGGGGAUGAGGUGGUGCUGUUCACGACUGAUGGUGCAAGCCAGUUUCACUUGAGAUGUGGAGCUCUUCAGGGUCUUUAUGCAACAGUGGACUUUGCCCCAGGUGGCAAUGUCACAGCAGCAUUCUUGGCUCAAAGGAGCAGUGAACCUAUGGGCCCUUUGGUUAAUUCUGAGUUUUAUACUGGAUGGUUGGAUCACUGGGGGCACCGUCAUUCUGUUGUGCCCGCACAAACUAUAGCUAAAACACUUAAUGAAAUCCUGGCACGUGGUGCUAACGUUAACCUGUACAUGUUUAUAGGUGGGACUAACUUUGCCUAUUGGAAUGGUGCUAAUAUGCCCUAUAUGCCACAGCCCACUAGUUAUGACUAUGAUGCUCCACUGAGUGAAGCGGGGGAUCUCACGGAAAAAUAUUUUGCCUUGAGGGAAGUUAUUGGUAUGUACAAGCAGUUACCAGGUGGUUUUAUCCCUCCAACAACACCCAAAUUUGCAUAUGGACAUGUUCGCUUGCAAAAGGUGGGCACUGUGGUAGAGGUUCUUGACAGGCUGUCACCUGCAGGACCGGUGAAAAGCACUUAUCCAUUAACCUUUGUUCAGCUAAAGCAGUAUUUUGGAUUUGUGCUGUACAGAACUACUCUUCAAAAAAACUAUACGGAGCCAACACAACUGUCAUCACCUUCAAAUGGAGUCCACGAUCGUGCCUAUGUCUCCGUAGAUGGGGUUCCUCAAGGUGUCCUUGAAAGGGACAAAUCACUUACAAUAAAUAUAACUGGGAAGGCUGGAGCAAAUCUGGACAUCUUGGUAGAAAAUAUGGGGCGUAUCAACUUUGGUAGAUACAAUAAUGACUUUAAGGGUCUAGUUUCAAAUUUAACUCUUGAUGAAGAUGUACUUGUUGAAUGGGAAAUGUAUCCUCUAGACAUAGAUGGAGCAGUGAACCGUGACCUUAAUGGCUACCUUGACCGAACAUGGAGAUCUUUUGGCAAUCUACGGGGUUAUGAAGCACCUACUUUUUACACUGGUAGACUUUCAGUUCCUGGAGGGAUUCCAGACUUGCCUCAAGACACCUAUGUUAAGUUUCCUGGCUGGACGAAGGGGCAAAUUUGGAUCAAUGGCUUUAAUCUUGGUCGCUACUGGCCAGCCCGUGGUCCUCAAUUGACCCUUUUUGUUCCAAGGAAUAUACUUGUUUCAUCGGAGCCAAACAACGUAACAGUGUUGGAGCUGGAGCAUUCUCCUUGCAGCACCCAAGCAUGUGAAAUAGAAUUUGUAGACAAACCUAAUAUCAAUGCAACUGUACAUCAUAAAAAUUCUGCCCUCCAGCUCUUUCUUAGAAACAUAUGGCUGAACCAUCUAUAAAGAUUUGAGUAUUUUCCUUAUCUUUCCCCACUUUGCUUCCCUUUCCUUCAAACCAUACUUCCCUUUUUUAAAGACUCAAUCAGUAAGUUAUUUAGCCGAGGCAACUUUUAUAAUUCUUCAAAGACUCUUUAAAAAAAAAAAAUCUACCAGAGUUAAAUACUGAAAUUUUCUUAAAAAAUAAAAGCUGUAGCUUGAGCAUUUGCCUUGGACUGUGAAAUUGAACUCAACUGGAAGGUAACAUUUACAUCAGUCUAAUACAAGUGUAGUCCUUGUAGGCUGCCUACAUUACAGGAGCCCUCUUACAGGUUUCUUUUUUUACCACGUUUUGCAACUGAAGAGGAGCCUAGAAAUGGGGUGUACAGCCCCACUAGCUUGCUGUUUACUCAUGUGGACUGCUUAGUAUCAGUAGUGUGAAGGGGCUCACUGCCAAUGUUAAGCAGACCUCAUUUUUUUCACCUCCAUGAAAGCAACCCUGGAAAAAUUUCAGUUGGCUUCUCAUGGGAGCAGUGAGAACUGUAGAUGAGAGCACUCGAAUGCAAGCUGAUCCAAACAGCAGUAACAUGGAGGGACUUUGUAGUCUGCACCUGCCCCCCCUUGGAAGGCAAAUUUACUGCUUCCCUUCUGCUAUCUCUGAAGACUUCAAGUAAAUUGAUAAGUCCAAGGACACACACAAAAUUUAGGCUAUUUUACUUGGAACAUAGCCUCUGAUUAACCUGGCUGGAGAAUAUAGUCUUAAAAUUAAACAUGUUGCCUUUUAAUUGACCCUUCUUUUUCCUCUGCUUUUUUUUUUUCCCCCUCUUCUCUAAGUGACUGGGAGUACCUGUUUUUCAUAGGCCUUAAGUUAAAGGAAGGCUUUAAGUUAAAGAAUUUUAAUUCUCUUUUAGUCAUUAAUUCACAUCUUCUGUUUUGUCCUAGUAAACUGAUCAUUUUUGUAAGUGCCUGAUAUUCUCAAAGAUGCAUAAUCUCUGUCAGUAAAGCUGAUUUUCUACAACUGACAAUUUUCUUUUUAAUUCUUAUGCGUUUAAUGUCAAUCAUGCAAAAUCCUUGUUGAGAUUUAGACAACAAAAGAUUAAUAUGAUGGAAAUCACAGAUUCUGAAAAUACUCCAUUCUUCCUUUGAUUUUUGUCUGACAUAAUUAAAAUGGUUCUUGAAAGAUUAAA